AAGCAGUAUUUCCUCGCCCCCACGGAUCUCAUUCCGAACUCUCCACGCCCCCUGUUGCACUACAAGAAUGUGCUGCCACGAACCACUGAGAACCCCGACCAUUGCAGCGCAGCUAGGGUCUAUGACUUAUUCGAAAGCAAUGGUUGGAAAGUGGAGUGGCUCAUCCGUUAUGGGCAGACCCAGCUUUCACACUUUCACUCCAAGGCCCAUGAAGUUAUGGCCGUGCUAUCAGGCCACGCGACGAUCCGAUUUGGAGUCGCUAAUACCUCUGAGGAUAUGCAUGAUAACACGUACGGCUCGGCCAGGGAGGAGGGUGGCAUUGAGCUCAAGGCUGAGGCGGGAGACAUCUUCCUCAUUCCGGCUGGUGUAGCACACAAGACCUAUGACACAAAACCAGAGAAUGAACUGAAGCUCUUGACGCCGGGGUCUGGUCAUGGAAUCGACGCUGAAGAUCCUAGGGAGGCUCUAUCGAAAAUCAAGCUAUCGGGAUUCACAAUGAUGGGGGCGUACAACGGAGGCGAAUGGGAUUUCAUUAAGGGUGGAGGAGAGUAUGAGAAGAUUUGGUCCAUUCCUAAGCCUAAAUAUGACCCUGUGUUGGGAGAUUCGGAAGAAGGGCUGAACAGAUUCUGGCGGGGGAGUAACAUGGCCCUUCGAGUUCAUCUGUAA